AUGGCUGCCAAUGCAAACAGCGUACACAACGUACGAUCGAAUCGGGCUUCCAAUAUGGGUUCAUCCGGAAUGAACAGUGACCGCUCUCGCGGUUCGAACAACAAUGUCGGGAAAGGAUUCGGCAAGUCGAGCUGGAAUAGCAACAUCUGGGGUGACUCCAACCUGGGAGGUGGUUUCGGGGAUGAUCAACACAUGAGCGAGUCCGCGUUUGAAGGAAAAUCGGGUUCGGGUUCGCUGCUAUCUUCCUCGGAGUCCGAUGGCUGGGCUGGGCGUGCCAACCUUCCCUGGAGUACUGUCAACACAUCCGCCCUGUCCAUGGGUCAGAACAGGACUAUGGCAACCUCUCCGAUUCAAACCCGUGCGAAUGACCGAAGCGCCCCGGCAUUGAACGAUGCUGGUGAUACAUCCUACUUUGCUCUGCCUCGCACGACUGGAAUCGGCACCUCCGCUGGCACAGCAAGCCACCGCCCUUAUUUCAACGCUGGAUCUGAGGGAGUUUCCCCGUCCGGCGAUGGCAUGUCCUUCGGUGGUUUCCCUGCUCUCCGCAAUGGCGACAACCGACGACAGAUGAGCUCUACUGGUCUCGGCAGCAGCCCCGUUGGAACGACUUUCACUGUGAAGGCUGGAUUCAAUGGAUCCCUCGAUGGAUCGCGACCGGAAGAUAUGGCCACGAUGAACAUGUCAUCCCUGGCCUCUGGCAUUCCUGACAACAUGUCUCCUCCCCAGACGCGCAGCACUCUUUCACACAUGUCGCACAAUUCGGCCUCCUUUACUCAACGACCCGUCCAUUCCGCUCACCCCUCCUACUACUCCGACAACCACAGCAUCGAUGGCCGCUAUGGCAACAACUCGAUGGACCUCAGUGCGGGCUUCAACAAACUUCAGCUAAACGACAAUGGAUUCUCCGGUCAGGCUGGCCAGCGGCCCCUGUAUGUUUCUCAUGCAUCCUUUGAUGGUUCUCUGCCUCGGGGCAAGUUCCAGAACAACGAUGAUGCUAGCUACCAAGCUCUUGCGGGCUAUGGGGCCGAAGGCGCGCAAGACCUGCACGUAGCAUACCAGUCCCGUUCUCGUGGUGGAGAGACCGGUUCUAUCUCUCCUUCCGACUACGCUCGCAUGGACAGCCCGCUAUACGCUGGAGUUGAUGCUCAGUACCGCAACUCGGGUGGCCACAUGUCUGACAAUCAGGCAGCGGCUUUCGAGCGUCGCUUGCGCAACUUCCAAGAUCAGGACUUUGUUCAGCCUUCGGGAAGUUCGUUCCAACGUAUGCAGAUGCCCCCCUCCUAUGACUACCAAGGUUACCAGCAAGCUCGUUUGAAUGCCCUCCAAGGAUUCUAUCCUAUGGCUCAAUUGGGCGGUCUCGGCGCAGCUGCUCUCGUGUCUCGCGCUCACCGUGAGCAUGAUCCAACUCAAGUCGUCCGCAGCCCUCUGUUGGAAGAAUUCCGAGCCAACAGCAAGGGUAACAAGCGGUAUGAGCUGAAGGAUAUCUACAACCACGUCGUUGAGUUCUCUGGCGAUCAGCAUGGUUCGCGCUUCAUCCAGCAAAAGCUGGAGACCGCCAACAGUGAUGAGAAGGAGCAGGUCUUCCGAGAGAUCCAGCCCAACUGCUUGCAGCUCAUGACCGAUGUCUUCGGCAACUACGUUGUCCAGAAGCUCUUUGAGCAUGGCAACCAAACCCAGAAGAAGAUCCUCGCCAACCAGAUGCGCGGACACGUUCUGGCCCUAUCCACCCAGAUGUAUGGAUGUCGUGUGGUUCAGAAGGCCCUCGAGCACAUCCUCACGGAUCAGCAGGCCGCUAUGGUCAAGGAGCUGGAGAACCAUGUUCUCAAGUGUGUGCGCGAUCAGAAUGGUAACCACGUUAUCCAGAAGGCCAUCGAGCGUGUGCCCUCCCAAUAUGUGCAGUUCAUCAUCAACGCCUUCCGAGGCCAGGUCAACCGUCUCGCUGCUCACCCCUAUGGCUGCCGGGUCAUCCAGCGCAUGCUGGAGCACUGUGAGGAGGUCGACCGUGAAUCCAUCCUUGGUGAACUCCAUGCAUGCACUGCCAACCUCAUCCCCGACCAGUUCGGCAACUACGUGAUCCAGCACGUCAUUGAGAAUGGCGAUGAGAAGGACCGCGACCGCAUGAUUGCCAUCGUCAUGUCGCAGCUUCUGGCUUACUCCAAGCACAAGUUUGCCAGUAAUGUGGUUGAGAAGAGCAUCGAGUUUGGCGACGAGAACCAGCGCCACAACAUCAUCUCUACCCUCACCUCCCCCAACGAGCGGGGUGAGAGCCCUCUGCUUGGCCUGAUGCGUGACCAGUAUGGAAAUUAUGUCAUCCAGAAGGUCCUUGGCCAGCUGAAGGACGCAGAGCGUGAGGCCCUCAUCGAUCAGAUUAAGCCUCUCCUGAGCCAGCUGAAAAAGUUCAGCUACGGCAAGCAGAUUGUGGCAAUCGAGAAGCUCAUCUUUGACCCUAACUCUCCCGCCACUGGUCCUCUGCCUCACGCUACCUCCACCACACCCCCGAACUCCCACAAGUCCUCCCCGCAGCCCUCGAAGCGCACCAUUCCCACCAUGGAGCCGCCCCGGGCCUUUGUCGGCACUGCACCGCCCACCCCUCCCCCGACGGACAACCAGAGUACUGUCGACGGAACCCUGGAGUCCAAGGGCCUUGUUAAGAGCACCGUGACCUCGGUUUCUAGUCCCGAGACCGCCAACACCGUCCCGGUCGACGUCACCAGUGCUCACUAA